UUCAUCAUUACUGUGUGCUGCAUUCAAGUAUGAGGGAACAUAACAUCACACAUUUAGUGCUCAAAAACAGCAUUGCAGAUGAUCAGGAAAACAUUGCAGGUAAGAGCACAGACUCCCAUGUUGGAAGCAAGGAUGAAAACGCAGACAGGGGGAACUGGAGCAAUAAGAGAGAAUAUCUGUUGUCUAUGAUUGGAUAUGCAGUCGGACUUGGAAACGUAUGGAGAUUCCCAUACCUCACAUACAAACACGGAGGCGGAGCCUUCCUCAUUCCCUACGUGAUCAUGCUGUCAGUCGCAGGGCUGCCACUCUUUUUCAUGGAGAGCUCCAUUGGACAGUUCUGUAGCCAGGGACCCAUUAAUGUGUGGAAAGCUGUGCCAAUAUUGCAAGGUGUUGGAAUUACCAUGAUGCUGGUUAGCACUUUUGUGUCGAUCUACUACAACGUCAUCAUCGCAUAUAGCAUCUACUACAUGUUUGCAUCAUUUCAGUUCCCAUUGCCAUGGAGUGAUUGUUCAAGCUGGUCAGAGAUGGAUUGUAACAACACUGUUAGAGAAUAUUGCAAUAUAACUGCCUACAACUUGAGUCUUGUGGCUGGGAAUGUGAGCAUGAUGGCUGAUGGGAAUCAAAACUGUUCAGAAGAGUUCUGGAUCAGUGCACCAUUACAGAGCGCCAGCGAGCAUUAUUGGGACCAUGUGGCCCUCCAGCGCACUAGCAGUAUGGAUGAGACAGGGCCAGUGAUCUGGCACUUGGCCCUCUGCCUGCUACUGGGCUGGAUAUUGAUCGCUGCCGCUCUUUACAAAGGCAUCAAGUCUUCUGGGAAAGUUGUGUAUUUCACGGCCACAUUUCCAUACGCUGUCCUGCUCAUCCUGCUAAUACGUGGCGUUACUCUGGAGGGAGCAAGAGAUGGCAUUGAAUAUUACAUUGGCUCCCAGUCUAACCUUACAAAACUGGCUGAGGCAGAGGUUUGGAAGGAUGCAGCCACUCAGAUAUUCUUCUCACUGUCUAUUGCAUGGGGUGGUCUAACAGCACUGGCUUCCUACAACAAAUUUUAUAACAACUCCUACAAAGACUCCAUUAUAGUGUGCAUCACAAACUGCAGUACUAGCAUCUUUGCUGGCUUUGCCAUAUUUUCCAUCCUUGGACACAUGGCACAUAUCUAUGGGAGACCAGUUUCAGAGGUUGCACAGGCUGGGUUUGGACUGGCUUUCAUUGCCUACCCUGAUGCCCUUUCCAAACUUCCUAUAUCUCCACUGUGGUCCAUCCUGUUCUUCUUCAUGCUCAUAACUCUUGGUCUGGACUCUCAGUUUGCUGGAAUAGAGGUGAUCACAACAUGUCUCCAGGAUGCCUACCCCAGAAUCUUAAAGUCUAAACGGGGCCCCAUUACUGUAGUCAUCUGUAUCAUUCUCUUCCUGCUUGGUCUGCCAUGUGUCACUGGGGCAGGUAUAUACUGGGUGAAUCUGAUAGAUACCUUCUGUGCUGGAUGGAUUCUUCUGUUCGCUGGAUUGUUGGAGGUCUUCGGUCUCACCUGGAUAUAUGGUGGAAACCGGUUUAUCCGAGACAUUGAAAUGAUGAUUGGGACCAAGAGUACCCUUUUCUGGAUGUGGUGGAGGGCUUGCUGGUUUUUCAUCACUCCUGCUGUUCUCCUUGUCAUUCUUGUCUGGUCAGUGUACACGUUCACUGCUCCUACAUAUGGCUCAGUGGAAUAUCCGCAGUGGGGCAUUGCUCUGGGCUGGUGUAUGACUGCCUUCUGCCUCAUGUGGAUCCCAAUUGUGGCUGUCUGGAAGAUAACAAAAGCCAGCGGAAGCUUAUGGCAGCGGCUGAAAUUAACAUCCUCGCCCACUGAAGACUGGGGUCCUUACCUGGAAUGCCACAGGACUGAUCGCUAUGUUCGCCGAGAGAUAAAAGACACAAAUGUCUUUGUAAUCUCAAACCAAAAUACCACCAGAUUGUAAGAUACUGUUCAGAGUCAUAUUUGUGUUUUUACAUCCAUAUUUUUGUAAGUUAAGUUGGCAGUGUUUUGUGGAUGGUUCUGUAUCAUUAAACCUUAAAGCACAGUAGUGCUCAGUGCGAGUGUAUCAUCUACACCUGCCAUAUUACUGACUGUAGCCAUACACUGUCUACACCUGUCCACCAUCUACACCUGUCCACCACCCACAUAAUAUCUGCUCAUCAGAAACAAAUCAGUGAAAGUCAGUAACUGUUUACCUACAAAAUGCCCCUACAGUAUAUUGUAGGCUUAUCCAAUAAACUGACAACUGAGUGUAUAAAAAGCAUCAUUAAAAAUUCCCCUAACUUGGGACGCUAUUUGUGUUCAUAAGGAAUCAAUACAACAGCUUUACCUCUGUUAAGUGCUUACAUAAUUAUUGAAUAAAUGUCUCCAAGCUUCAUCAUAGUAACGAUUAGACAUUUUCGUUGUUAAAUAACUACACAUUUUCAGUACAAAAAUCAGUGUGACAAAUCAGAAACUGUUACUAUAGAAACAAUACCAUACUAAACAGAGUGCAUUAAUAUAUCUGUGAGUUGCCUUUCAGAUGGAAAUACUCUCAGAUCUAUGUUUUUAUUAAGUUAAUCACCACCUACUAACCAAGCUGAUCGGAUACAAGAAUAAAGUUUUAUAAAGUUUGAAGUAAACUCAUAAAUGAGUAAAACUCAUAAAUGAGUUUUCAAAUAAAAGCACUGUAAUAGCACUUAUCAUUGCUUAGCGCUUAUGGCAAGAAGUAUUUAAAAGCAAGCAAUCAAUCUGAUACAGUUCCCAUCUGUGAUGCAGCAUCUGUGAAGCUGCAUUGUUGAACCAACAGUCAAGUCCUUCCUUUUUCUACAAUGUAUAUACUGUAUGUGAAGCUUCUAUUUAACUUCUAUUUAACUUCCUUGUUACGGUAAUUUUUUCCUCCAGUUUCUGGAAUGGAUGAAUGUUUUGAAUUCAUGGUUUUAAAACUGACAGUGUUUAGUGUUUUGUUUUAGUGUUUAAUUUAGAGUCAUUUUUGUUUGGAAUCAUUAGCAUAAAAAUACUAUUAAAUGGCAUUUGUAAUAAAAUUGUAACAAAUGUGUUUUUUUUUUUCAUUUGCAUUGGAUAGGAUCUAUAUGACAUCAAAUCCUUUAGUCUCCUUCAGAAUCUGAACUUUAGACUCUUUAGUGUAUGCAUAUAAGUACUGAUUUUGUUGUCCAGCAUGUUUGAUCACAAUUAAAAGCUUUGGUAGAAAAAAUGUUAUUGCAAACUCCUUGAGAAUCCUUUUGUAAGGAUUGUGUUGUGCUGCAUACUUCUCCACUACACAGAUUAAUCUGA